AUGUUUGUCGACUUGAUCGAUGAUCGAAAUAUCGGGUGUUCACUCACCAGCUCGUCGUCCGCUUGUGAGGUUAGAAGGACAAAGCUCGUCGAAUCAUCGGUAAUCGCUACCGACAGUGAUUGCCUUAUAAAAUUUUCAAUAUAUCGUAAAACAGAUGUAUUGAUUGAUGCUAUGCAAGGUGAUCAAGUUCGUCGAAUUCGCGAAGCAAUCACGAAAACAAACGCCGAACGAUCCAACACUACUACCCGGAUUUCACAAAAGGAUGCUUUCCCUCCUGGCACGCCACAAACUUGGGGUUCCUUUCCAAUCCUACUCGGCUAUAAAACCUGUAACAAAAUCAGAGAGAGGAAAACUUUCCAAGAUGGAGGUCUCCCGCUGAUACUGUUCGUCAUUACAAGUUGCAGGUGAAAUGAAGUCAACAAAUUCUUUGGCUCUUUCCAUGUAAAGUCACGAAAGAAUUCGGUUUCUCUUCUGGGACUUCACAAACAGAAAGCUCCUCUCCAAUCCUACCCGCCGACAAAAGUUCCAAAUGACCGAAACGGUGGAAGACUUUUCAAAACAAAGAAGGUUUACGUCCAAUGAGGUGCGUCGUCAACUGCAGUCAAAUCACUUACUGGCCACGCACCCGGCAGUUGUCGGUAAGCCAACUAUGACGUUUGCCUGCCAUUGGUACUUACCAUAUCGCUUCAUCACAACUAACACAUUCCUUUGUCCUAGAAGCAUACUGAUUUUGAAAGAUUCAUCAGCACUUGUUCUAUUGCUACAGUCCAAGAGUUCCUUCCCAGAGACCAUCUUCGAGCAAAUUGACGAUGAAAAAUCCGGAGCUCCCUUCCACAUCACCCGAAACCAACUAAUCUUUCUCCUGGCACAACACUCACGAAAAACCUUUCCAAACGCGAUCCCACUAGGGGACGAGAGCUGUAGCGAAUCGAAAGGUAAACAACUUUCCAAAACGUAGGUUUCUUUGACAAGAAUCUUGCUUCAAUAGCUAGAUCGAGUUCUGGUCGCCGAAUGUGACUCAAGUAUGACGUUCAUCACUCUCUCAACCCUUUGUACAAAUCCGUAAUGACUAACACCAUCCUCCUUCCUACCAGCAUGCUAAUAUCGAUGGAAGAAUCGGUUCCCGUUCUAAUACCGCAAACCAAGAGUUCCUGCACCCUUAAACAAACCGAAGAUGAAAAAUCCGGAGCUCCCUUCCACGUUACAUGAAAGAAGACAGUCUUUUUUCUGGCACUUUACAAAAUACUUCUACAAAUGUACGCGCUGAUCUAAGCUGUGGCUGAAUACAAUAGUGGACGAUUCCUGAAACCCUCAUUCAUUACCGAUGGCUGAUCGCCGUCUCGUUGUUACCUAGGGACCUUAGAUUGCGCUCAAUCAAGCAUAUUUUUCAAAUGCUCAUGCGUUACAAUAUAUUAGCAUAUACGUCAAUGCGUCACGCUGAAAAUGGUGCAUCGAUUAACGUUCUUAGUGAAGAGAAUGAAAUGCAAAUUGUGAAAUUCGUGUGAAGAUUCGUAGACUCGGUGUUUGUAUACGUAAUCUAUGUUAGUAUUAAGAACACCAUCUAUCAUGAGCUAAUGUCAACUAUACAUAAGUGUGAAAUGCGCAUUUAAAUAGAGUAUUUUUCAUAAGAUUUUUCGUCGUAUGUAAAAAGCAUCAUAACAAUUGAUUUAUAGGAUGAUACCAGUGAUCACAGUCCAUGGUAAAAGAAAGACAUUCGCAAUAAAAGACACUAUCAAUGUUAGUUUCAUUUAUGGUAUCAUUGCAUUGUAAUUGUCACAGCUGUCCUUGUAGUCUCCUCAAGGUUAGGGGAAGUCAUAAGAACAAUAUGUAUUAUUUACUGUAUCCUUAUACGGCUGCCCCUGAAUACUUGCUCAGUGAAAAGUUGAUGGAGUCACUUCUCAUGUAGUAUCAAUCUGAGAAUUUAGUGCGGGUAGAACAGUUACCAUAUCACUACUGCAUCUUUUAAAAAUUCAAAUGCCAACUUUGAUCAUCUUCUGAAAACAAAAGCAUCGAAUAACAGAAGCCAAAUACAAAUCGAAACAUAUCCCUACUCAAUUGGAGCAGGAGUCAGAAAAUGGAUUCGUUACUCAACCCGUCAUGUGUCUGUCUUAUUCAAAUAGGACACAUUCUCCGAAGCAUAGGAAACCGACCUGCGAAGUAAUUAAUCGUUGAAUUGCAAAGGCAUAGUACUAUACCGAAUCUCUUGAUAUCUGCUAAGCUUAAUCGUGAUGGUAACUAAAUUUUUUUCAACCCAUCAAAUAUCUUACAACAAUAGUAUACAAACGUAACCAUAAUCAAUACUACAAUAUUCUUCAACAACAUACAAAAAGUUAUCAAAUCCCCCCAAAAGGCACCUACGGUGCAAAAAAGUUCGCCAAGUACAUUAAAUGUUAAAGGAAUAACUACUACUCAAAUAUCUUUAAUGACAAAAAAGGAAAAAUUCAUUAAUAAUUCGAAAAAAAGGAUCCAAAUCAAUUAUUGUGCCAAGUACAUGUAACUUUGCAUCAUGCACAGAAGUACUAGAGAAGACUGGAAUGAACAUACAACGAACAAUAAUACCAAGUGUAAAAAUAUAGAAUUAGAGAAUGAAUCAAUUAAAAUCAAUUCGAAGAAUAAAUAAAAAAAAAAA